AUGGAGCGGCUGCGGGCGGCGCUCUCCGGCUUGGCCUGGAGCUCGGGGCCCCCGCUGCCCCUGGACCUCAUCGUGGCCCAGCGGCGCCUCCCGGCCCUCGUCCGCCCGGCCCCCGGCGAAUACGUGGAAGGCUUUGGCGACCAGGACGUGCUCCUCAUCCACUCUUGCCGCCAGUGGACCACAGUGACUGCUCACAGCCUGGAAGAAGGACACUACGUCAUUGGGCCAAAGAUUGACAUCCCUCUCCAAUAUCCAGGGAAGUUUAAGCUGCUGGACCAAGACCGGGACCUCCGGGAGCCCGUCCAGUACUUCAACAGCGUGGAGGAGGUGGCCAGCAUCUUCCCAGACCGGGUCUUCGUCAUGGAGGCCAUCACCUUCAGCGUCAAGGUCGUCUCAGGCGAGUUCAGCGAGGACAGUGAGGUUUACAACUUCACCCUCCAUGCAGGGGACGAGCUGACCCUCAUGGGCCAAGCGGAGAUCCUGUGCGCCAAGACCCCUAAGGAGAAGUCCCGCUUCAACACUUUGCUUCGGAAGCUGGGCAAGGCGGGCGUCCCUGGCACCGGCACUGGCACAGGCAGCAGUGGCAUGACUGGCAUCAGCGGGAGCAUCUGCGGCAGCAAAGCCCUGAAGGGCAAGAUGCCAUGCCUGAUCUGCAUGAACCACCGGACAAACGAGAGCCUCAGCUUACCCUUCCAGUGCAAGGGCCGCUUCAGCACCCGCUCCCCGCUGGAGCUGCAGAUGCAAGAGGGUGAGCACACAGUCCGCAGCAUCAUCGAGAAGGUGCGCCUCCCGGUCAACGUGACUGUGCCCAGCCGGCCACCCCGCAACCCCUACGACCUGCACACCAUCCGAGAAGGCCACUGCUACAAGCUGGUUAGCAUCAUCUCCAAGACAGUGGUGCUCGGCUGCGCCUUGCGCAAAGGCGAAGUGGUGCCCUUCCACUUGCUCCUCCUCACCGACAUGCCCCGCUUCCUCCUCCCCGAGGGCAUGCUGCGCCCAGGGGGCAUUGGGGCCGGGGACCCCCACCUGGAGAAGCUGUUGCGGGAGAGUGCUACCCUCUGCCAGGAGCGCUUUGACCCCAAUGAGUACUCCAAGGCUGUGCGGGAGGCCAAGCCGGACUUCUCUGAGGAGUGCGCCAGCCCGCGGCGGGUGCAGCUGUGCCUCCAGGGCUGCUACGCCCGUGACGAGUUGGCACACUCCUUCCAGUGCCUCUCCCUCUGCCUCUACAGUGCCAGCACCACCACUGCCGCAUCUUCCUCCUCCUCCUCCACCGAGAGCACCAGCCAGGACUCAGGAGCCGGAAGGGGCCACCAGCGGCUGGUCCUUCCCUCCCGAAACCAGGAGCAUGCUACCUUUUUCUCUGAGGACCCUGAGCGGGAGUAUGUGACGCCCGACUGGGCUGAGCCCACGUUCCGGACGCCACCGGAGCUGCCUUACGAGGAGCUGUGGGCCAACCAGAACUAUGCAGAGCCCAGUGGGCAGCCGCUGUGGCCAGAGAGUGUCCACCCCAAGGUGGGCCCGAGGGACCUCAUUUCCUUCGCCGGCCUGGGCUCUCCCAUGGGGUCCCUGCGCCGUCCUGGGCUGCUUAGGGAGGACCCUCCAGGAGACGCACCACCCCCCGUCCCUCCCAAGUCGGAUGCGGUGAGAGAGGAAUGCCGCCUCCUUGUCGCCCCACCAGUGCCUCCGCGGGGCCCCCAUGGCCCCCCAACCUCCAGCCCUCCAGUGCCAAUGCGCUUCCCCAAGCUCCAGGUGGCUGCCUCGCCCAGCUCCAGCCUUUCGUACUACUCAUCCGGACUCCACGAUGGGUCAGCCCCACGGAGCGGCAGCUGCUCCCCGUCUCCGGACUCCUACUCGCUCUACUGCUACCCCUGCACUUGGGGCGACUGCAAAGCUGGGGAGAUCUCCGGCCGCCAGCUGGUCUCCAGCCCCCCGGCGCGGCCUCAAUCCCCUCCUGCAGCAUCCCCACACGUGACGCCGACAACGACAGCGACUCAAGGGUCUUCGUGGUCAGAUCCGUGGUCCUACAGUGACCUGGGCCCAAGUGUGGCAACGGGGAGGUCCACCCCACUUUUGGGUGGCAGCGAAGCUGUCAAGAGUUACCACAGCUGCCCUCGUCUCAAGGGGCCCCCUGCCCAGAAGCGCUUCGCCCCCUUCGGGGCCCUGAACCCCUUCUCCAACCCAGCCUACUCAUCCAGUCCUGCGUCUUCGGGUUCCUCAGACUGGCUGGAGUCCUUGGAGUGGCCCCAGAGGCCACCAGGCGCCUCUUCCUCCCCGGAGCCCUUUGAGCCCUUUGAGGGGACCCAAGCGACCGAGGGGGACCUGCAUUUCCAGCCCUCCCCUCCGCCUCGUGCCGCCCAAGCCUUUGAGCCACCUGAGGCUGUGGCUGUCCGGACGUCAGGGGCCACACUGUCUCCAGCGGCCAUCGUCCACGGAGCCGAGGGGGCUGUGGCCCGGCUGUACUUGGCCCAGGGGGUGAUCGAGGUGCCCCCGGCCGCCCGGCACAACGGGGAUGGCUCCUCUUGGCAGCCCCCUGGGGACCUUUCGUCCCUGUCUCUGGAGGAGGUCUCCCGGUGCCUGCGCUUCAUCGGUCUCUCCGAAGAUGUGGUCAGCUUCUUCGCCCGGGAGCGCAUCGACGGCAGCAUCUUCGUCCAGCUGACUGACGAGAUCCUCUUGGAGGACUUCCGCCUCACCAAGCUCCAGGUCAAGAAGAUCAUGCAGUUCAUCAAGGGCUGGCGGCCCAAGAUAUAGGGCUACGGACCACUCAACAGGGAGGCCAAGAGGAAAGAGAAAGAGAGACACCAGUCCCAGAACUUGCUCCUUGGCAUAAGGAUGCUGCUUGGAGGGCAGAACAAGGGAGAGAGAUGUCAUGGGAGGACCAGGAGGAGGCCUUGGUCAGUGGGUCUCUCCUUGGGAUGGGGGCUGGAGUCCCAUCUAUCCUAAGAGGAGUUUGCAAAGAAGUUGCAAUGGGGCUGCUCUCCUCUUUGGCAUUAGGCCAGGGGAGCAAGUGGGGAAGUUGGCACAGGGUCUCCCCCAUUGCACAAGGAGUGGGCAUUUGGUGGGGAGCUGGCCUCUUUUGCCCAGGCUGUGGGGCAGGGCAGGGUGGGUUUCUUGGGGGGCUCUGUGUGUAUAUAUGUGGGUGUUUGUAAGGAGGAGGCAACAGGACCAUUUGGGGCAAGGGGUGAGGGUUUGGCAGAUGAGACCCCCCAGACCCACCUUUCCGGUCGAGUCCCAGAGGAAAACCUGGAGGCUGAACAAAAAAUGUCACUACCGAAGGAAAGGCAAAAUGAGACAUUGCUCUCCAAAAACAAUUCUGGCACCCCAAAGGUUGCCCCUCGUCCCCCAACUUUCUAACCUUGCAGAGAGGCAGAUGCUGGAAACCAAUCCCACCUGGAACUCAAACACAGGUUAUGCCCCUUUCCCUUGGUUGCUUUACCUGCCCUGGUUUUCUCGGAUGCCUAACUGCGUCUCUAAAGGCCCAGCUGAAGUUUAAUGCAAUUUAAUUCUGUAAGGGUAGAAACUUGGGGACUGAAGGACAAUUUAGUGGGGAGGGGGCAGAGUUAUUGACAGCCAGGGUGGCCUCAUGGCUUUGUGUUGGACUAGGGCACUGGGAGACCAGGGUUCAAAUCCUUGCAGAGCCAUGGAACCCCCCCCCCCCCCGGGUCGCCUUGGGCAAGUCACACACUCUCAGCCUCAGUAAUGAGGGCAAACUCCACUCUCAACAAAUCUUGGUCAGAAAACCCCAUGACAGGUCUGCCUUAGGGUUGCCAUAAGUUGGAAACGACUUGAAGGUGCACAAGGAUAACAAAACUAAUUUUGAUUUGGGAUGGAUUUCCUCAGUUUGCUGUCAUAUUUCUGAUUGACAAACCAGAUCCCCAUCUCUGCUGGCUAAAGAGGGUGGGAUCUGGGAAUGUCUGUUGAUUGAACGGCACAGUUUGCCGAUUGCCUCUGCUGGAAUUCCUCCAGCCAGGAUGGGGAUUCUGGGGAUUGUAGUUAAAGAAGAAGUAGUAAUGCCCCUCCAAGAUCUGGGAGGUUAGGGUUGGAGGGAUAAAUAUUGCACAGUCUGGGCAAAAUGGGGGGCUGCUUCUCUCACCCCCAAAAUCCUGCCCCAUAACCUUAAAUGUGUGCUGGGGUGUGUAUGAUGUACACUUACUGCUUUGGUAGAAGUGUGCAAGGCUGGUGCUCCCUCGCACAUGCCCUCUGCAGAAGGCAAUGUGCUAAAAAGAUUGAAGACAUUAGCCCUUUUAAGGCAGUCCUGAGAUGCUUGCUUUUGUAGGCAGAGACCCUUUUCUGGGCGGUACCUAAAUUGCAAGGGGGGGGGGGUCCCAAGAGGGCACCCACAAAUGUAGUCAAUGGAAAAUUCCUUUAGCACAAUAGGAAGCAGCAAGAAGGCUUUGGAAACCGGGAUCUUGACCUUCGUAUAACAGUCCCAAACCCAGAGGACUCCAGAGACGGUGUUCCAAGUUAAUAUAGUUUAUUUAAAAUGAGCACACACACACACACGCACACUCUUUCAAGCACAUGCACACAUGCAAGAAUUAAUGAUGCAAAGGCAGGAGAUAAUAGUGAGUUACAGGGUGGUUAAGAAGCAAUACUGUACCUAUCUGAAGUACAGCACCAAUUGCAGGGUUCCUGGGAUGAAGAUGGCUCAGUAGCCGCCUGCAAACUGUGGGGUGGACAGCUGCUGAGCGUCCAGCUCACCUCAGAGGUCCUGUCCAGCUCCAAACUAGACCCAUUUGCUAUUGGCUGGGCAUAUGUAUUUAUAGCAAUAAUCGUGUCCCAAGGGGAAGUGUUUCACAAGUUGAAAGGCUUAAGCAAAUUUUCCAGGGGCGAGGAAUGGGGUGUGAUAUGCAAGAACAUCCAGGCAAUCGGUGUGAAUGUCCAUAAACAAAAAGAUUUUCACUCCCAGAAGGAAACUCCUCUUGCUUGCUGUGUGCAAACAAUUCCCAAUUCCAGCUCACCAUCACCACCUGCCUUAGCAAAAGGAUGACGCGAUUCGGAUCUUGAGCGAUCCCAUCAAGGCUAAGUGCCUUGGGCUUCCCCCAUGCUGACCCAUCCAGAUAGGAUGGUUUUCUGCACUGGGGAGCCCUCUAGUAGCUACCACCAGCAUCCUCCCUGAUAUCACAAGUCACAGAGGGGGACUGAGGGUUGAUCCUGGGUUACAUGGGUGUUGGGUUGGAUUCACCUUCCCUUAUUCCCCCAAGCCAUACACAUGAGCUUGAUAGAUGGAGUCUGCAGUGGGCCUCUCUAAUUCUAUAGCAUUUCCAGACUUGCCUUUCCAAGCCCCUCUGACCUCCCAAUGAGGGCUAGAGCCUCAAAUGAGCGAAAGGCAAAGUCACAACUACUGCACGGAGCCUAUCUCUGUGCAGUGUGGUGGUAGCAGUGUGCAUCCUGCUGUUCUCCAAUGUACCAUGCCACGUUUGGUAGGGAAGGAGGGAGUUGUAGUCAGAAUCAGGUGAAAGGAGGCUGCAUUCCCCAUCAUCCUUGUUUGCCCACCAAGAGAUCUUGUGGUCCUGGCCUGCAACUCAUGUUCUCUCCCCUUGGCUAGCCAGAGGCCAGGCUGGAUUUGGGGGUCCGGCAGUUAUUCUCCUUAGCACAACAUUGCUUACACAAUGGGUUGUAAGCUUUUAGUGACCAUCUUGUAACUCUCUCAGCAUUUUACUAACUUGUCUGCUGGGCCAGUGACAGUGACCAACUGAUAGUGACCAUCAUCUCCCCAUUAUCCCCUUGUCAAGCUGCCUCUGGAUUCCUAGGAGGACCACAAGUUUACUUUCUUAAUGCCUUUCUUUUUAGCACAGGAUGGCAGGUGUGUGUCUGACUCAGGCAUAGAGGACUGCAAAAUGUUUGCCUUCAUUUCCACUUUUAAUCACUGCCAUAGUCAAAUA